AUGGUGCCCCCCCCAGCAGCAGCAGCAACAGCAGCAGCAGCAGCAGCAGCAAAUCACUUGAUGAGCUGGGCCCUUCAUAUGCAUCUGGACCUCACUUUUGCUUCUGCUGCUGCUGCUGCUGCUGCUGCUGCUGCUGUAGGGCGGAGUGUUGAAGGCCGGCCCAUCCAUGCCUACCGAGUGGGGGGUAUCCUGAGGCUGCAGCAACAGCAGCAGCAGCAGGAGCAGCAGCAACAGCAGCAGAAACAACAGCAACAGCAAGAGGAGCAGCCACAGCCACCCCAGCAGCAGCCGCAGCAACAGCCGCCGCACCAGCACCAGCAGCAGCAGCAGCAGCAGCAGCAGCAGCAAGAUUUUCCUGCAGUGUUAGUGACGGGCAUGCAUCAUUCUCGCGAGCCCUUUAGUAUGGUGUUUUGUAUAUUUACAAUAGCGCGUUUGCUUGAGGACUUUACUGCAGGCGACGCUGCUGCGGUGUAUUUGCUGCUGACGAGGGAGUGGUGGGUUGUGCCGAUGCUAAACCCAGACGGUUACGCAGCAAUAGAGUGGACAGGCAACACUUCUAUACGCAAGAACCGUCGGCUGCCUCAGCGCGUCGUUCGUCCGUUUGAAGACUUCGGCGUAGAUUUAAACCGGAACUACGACUUCGCCUUCAAGUCCUUCGGAGAGGUCCCUGAAGAAUAUGGAGGCCCCUACCCCUUCAGCGAGCCCGAGACAAGGGCAGUCAAAUGCCUCGUCGAACGCUAUGAACUGCAGCAGAAGCAGCAGCAGCCGCAGCAACAGCCGCAGCAACAGCCGCAGCAGCAGCAGCAGCAGCAACAACAACAACAGCAACAACAACAGCAACAACAACAACAGCAACAACAACAGCAACAGCAACCACAACAACAACAGCAACAGCAACAGCAGCAACAGCGACAGCGACAGCAGCAACAGCGACAGCAACAGCAGCAGCAGCAGCAGCGACAGCAGCAGCAGCAGCGGGAAGAUUUGGAGUGUAUAGGGAACUACACGACAGGUCAUUUUACUGCUGCUUUGAAUUAUCAUACAUACGGGGACGUCUGGACACAUCCGUUUAAUUGCUGCAGAGACAUGCAGCUGCCGCCUUGGGCUAAAGAUGUAUUUGCUGAGCUCAAACUAACUCUGAUAUUUUGGUCACCGCCUCAGCAGCAGCAGCAGCAGCAGCAGCAGGAUAAAUCAAUGCAGCACAGCUGCAGCGUCAGCAAAAGCAAUAGAAAAAUCAAAAGCCGCACCAGCAGCACCAGCAGCACGAGCAGCAGCACCAGCAGCACGAGCAGCAGCACCAGCAGCAGCAGCACGAGCAGCACGAGCAGCAGCACGAGCAGCAGCAGCAGCAGCAGCAGCAGCAGCAGGAUGAAGAGAGAAGCAGAUGACUGGCUGCUAGCAGCAAAAGAUAUAGCUUCAAUAAGCCCCGAGAUAGGCGAAGAGAAAGGAGGCUUCUGGCAGGCAGCUUUGCUGCAGCAGCUAGCAGCAGGUGGAGGCAGACCUGCAUUUAAUUAUGCUCAGCUGCAAGCUGUUGCUGACAGAGCAGGAGAUGAGUUUGCUGCUAGAAGCAAACGAAACACUACUGAUAAAAGAUACAUUCAAAUGCUGCUGCAGCACCACCUCCACGCGCAGCAAAUGCUCCAACAGCAGCAGCAGCAGCAACAGCAGCAGCAGCAGCAGCAGCAGCAGCAGACACAGACACAGCGCACUGCAAAGAAUACACAAAAUGUCAAACAGCAGCAGCAGCAGCAACAGCAGCAGCAACAGACAGAAGAAAAUAAACAACAUAUUGUAGAAGACCCAGAGUUGUGGGAGACGCGAACAAUAGAAAUAAGCAACAACGGUUUGAGCGGGCCUUCUACUCCGCUGCAGCUGGUAGUUAUAUCAGGGUCUCUGCUGCCGAUCUCGCUUACACCUGAGAAGGUUCAGGGGCUUCUUGCUGCAGCAGCAGAUGCUGCGCUACCGCUGCUGCACUGUCCCUCCAACCCGAGGUUUGCUGGCAGCAGAAUUAAGUUUGACUUCGGUGGGGCUUAUCGCAGGCUGCAGCGCCGCUAUAACUCUCUCCCUUCGAGCAGCAGAAGCCUUCAAAGAAUGCAGCAGCAGCAGCAGCAGCAGCAGCAGCAGCAGCAGCAGCAGGGGCAGCUGCAGCAGGGGCAGACACCUGUGCAAGAAGAGGAGACGAAGCGAGAACUCCAGAAGAAGCAAAUGAAUCAGCAGCAGCAGCAGCAAGAAGAGAUCCAGCAGCAGAAGCAGCAGCAAAAUUUAAAGCAGCUGCAGCAGGAGCGGGAGCAGCAGCAAGCCUUCGAUAAGCUGCUGCAGGAGGAAGGCAUCCGUGCUGCUGCUGCAAUGCAGCAGGCUCAAGAGGCUCUCUCUGUUUUUCAGGGGGGCUUCCCUGGGCAGCAAACAGCAGCACCAGCAGCAGCACCAGCAGCAGCACCAGCAGCAGAAGCAGCUGCAGCAGCAGACACAGCAAACGGCGCUGCUUCGGUUGUUGGCGAUCAAGCGAGCCCCGAGGCGACAGCAGCAGCAACAGCAGCAACAGCAGCAACAGCAGCAGAAACAGAAGCAGCAGCACGUAUUGCUGUUGAAGCAGCAGCAAAAGGUUUGAUGGUUGCUGCAGAAGACACAAAUGAAAGUUUGCUGCUGCUGCUAUCCGAAGGGGGACAGCUGAGACAAAACGGAGACUCCAAGACUUUAGGCUCGCAGCACACUCUACCCCUCGCGUUGCUGCGGCUGCCUUACCUUGGGGGUCGUGUGAAGCCCAGCGGUUUUAUUAAUUCAAUACGCUAUCAAAUAGCAACACAACGUGUCUCCAAACAGCAGCAGCAAGGCGGUGCUGUUGCUGCACUUUGUGUGCUGCAGCUGGUGCCGCAGCUCUUCGCGGAGACAGCUGAUACGCAUCCCCUUUGCCUGGACGGUGCUGCUGCUGCAACCGAGUGGUACCAGCAGCAGCAACAGCAACAGCAACAGCAGCAGCAGCAGCAGCAGCAGCAGCAGCUAGUGCCGCGGCGGCAGCAGCAAGGCCGAUUGAAAGCUGCUGUUGCGGGGGGAAGUACAGACAGCUGGACGGACCCCUUAUUAAACCAUGAGGCGCUAGGAGAAGACAUCUUUGUUCUAUCCACUUUGCUGCUGCUGCACUUGGUGCUGCUUCUCAUUGCUGGUCGCUACGUUAUCUUAGCCUAG